CCACAUGUUAUUCCUAUAAAUUACUAACCAAUGAGUAAUCCUAGAUACCGCCGAGAGAGAUUAAAGAAAACGGAGACAUGGGCUUCCGCUGUAUGUUUAAGGUGCUUGCUCUGUUUGCAGUUACGUUAACAGUUACAGCAACCUCGGUAGCAGGUCAAGCAAAAGCAGGGUGCCAAAGCAACUGUGGGAACAUCAGCAUUCCAUACCCUUUUGGAACAGGCAGUACUGAUUGUAAUAUCAGUAAGAGAUUUUUCAUUCGUUGUAACACUAGUUUCAACCCUCCUAAAGCAUUCCUAACCACCAGUGAUAUUGAAGUUCUCCACAUCUCUCUCAAUGGUUAUUUGCGCAUCCAAUAUUCGGUAGGUUAUGACUGUUAUAAUUCAUCAGGAAGUGCUUAUUAUUUCGAUGCAGGGUUCAGGCUUUCAAAAUUCCUCAUAUCUCAUACUAGAAACAAGUUCACAGCCAUUGGUUGUGACACCUACGCCUAUGUUGAGGGUUUCACGGGACGGACAUAUUCGACCGGAUGUUUAUCCUUUUGUUACGAUGUGGCCGAUUUGGUAAAUGGAUCUUGCUCUGGCAUCGGCUGCUGCCAGACGGCUCUCCCUAAAGGUGUGACGGAUUAUGAAUUGAGUUUUGAUAGCUAUUGGAAGCAUUCCAAAGUAUUAAGCUUCAAUCCUUGUAGUUAUGGAUUUGCCGUGGAAGAUGGCGCCUAUAGCUUCUCUGUUUCAGAUCUUUCCAACAUUAAUUUCAGCAAAAGGAAGUUUCCAAUUAUUCUUGAUUGGACAAUUGGGAACCGAAGUUGCAUGGAAGCUAAAAUGGAUGUAGAUAAUUAUGCUUGCAAGCAAAAUAGCGAUUGCGUAGAUCCAGAAAAUGGCCGCGGAUAUUUGUGCAAGUGUCUUCAUGGUUUUCAGAGUAACCCUUAUCUCUCCUACGGCUGCCAAGAUAUUAAUGAAUGCGAGACACUGAAGCCUUGCAGUGGAACAUGUCAUAAUCUACCUGGAAGCUAUAACUGUUCAUGCCCCAAGGGUUUUGAAGGUGAUGGCCGGAAAAAAGGAACAGGCUGCAAUCCUAAAGUCAAGCCGCAUUUUCCCAUUCUUGUUGGGACACUAGGUAUAGGCAUGAGUCUUCUAUUUUCCCUCUUAUGCUCCUCGUGGGUGUAUUUGGGGCUCAGGCAGAGAAAGCUCAACAGACUAAAGCAACAGAACUUUAAGCAAAAUGGUGGAGUUUUGUUGCGAGAACAGCUUUCAAAACAUGAAGAGUAUGGUGAGAUAGCUAAAAUCUUUACCCUCGAAGAACUCAAGAAGGCGACGAACAACUACCAUGAAAGUAGAAUCCUUGGACGAGGAGGUCAGGGUACCGUUUACAAAGGAUUGUUGCCUGACGGGCGCAGUGUUGCCAUUAAAAAAUCCCUCAUUGGAAAUCAAAGCCAAGUUCAACCAUUCAUUAACGAAGUUAUUGUGUUAUCCCAAAUCAACCACAGAAAUGUGGUGAAACUCUUGGGAUGUUGUUUGGAGACUCAAGUCCCUUUGCUAGUCUAUGAAUAUGUCAGAAAUGGAACCCUCUUCGAUUACUUGCACAAUGCCACUCAUACAUCCAUCAUAUCAUGGGAAGCUCGUUUGAAAAUAGCGAUAGAAGCAGCAGAAGCCCUUUCCUAUUUGCACUCUGCUGCUUCUCCGCCUAUUAUUCAUCGCGAUGUCAAGUUGACCAACAUACUUUUAGAUGAGAACUACAAUGCUAAAGUAUCUGAUUUCGGUGCUUCAAGAUUGAUCCCUUCAAAUAAAGAACAGGUAACAACGCUUGUCCAGGGAACUCUAGGCUACUUGGAUCCUGAAUAUUUUCAUUCAAGUCAAUUGACUGAGAAGAGUGAUGUUUAUAGCUUUGGGGUUGUUUUCAUAGAGUUAUUAACAGGUCUGAAAGCGGUUUCUUUUGAAAGACCUGAACAUGAAAGAAACUUAUCUCUAUACUUUGUUUCUGUUAUGAAAGAGGAACGCUUGCUGGAUAUUGUUGAUGGGCGAGUGUUGAACGAUAAAAACAUUAAGCAGCUUAAGGAAGUGGCAACUUUAGCUAGGAGAUGCGUGAGGCUAAAAGGAAAGGAAAGACCAACUAUGAAGGAAGUUGUGUCUGAAUUACAAGGAUUGCGAGCAAUAGAGUAACUUUCAAGGGGAAGAUACGACUUACAUGUGGAAGAGACUGAAUACUUGCUUCAUGAUAUGUAUAACUAUGACAUUGGAUUUGAUGCCUCAACUAGCAUCUCUAUAGGGCUAGAUAGCAUUAAAAGCCAUGACAAAUUCAAAAUCGAUGGUGCACGAUGAUUUUUAUUUUCUUUUGGUAUCGCAAUGGUUUCCUUUAACUGGUCUUGUAUAUUUUCUCUUCGUAUUGUGCUCUGAAUGAUGUAAUCUAAGCUUGGUGUGUGUAACAUAUUAGAUCCAAAACUACAUCUCUAGUGAUUUUCUCAUAAAUUUAGUGUCGAAGUUUCAUGAUAA